GCAGCCUCUUACACUGGGAGCUGUGAUUUGUGAGUCCAACAUGAUGAAAUCUCUCUUUGGACAAAUCAAAUGAGCCUGUCAACUUCACCAGGUGGGAUUACUUGCAGCUAAUAGACUGAACCCGCUGGGUAAACAGAACAGAAGCUUUCAAACUAAAGAAAAAAGAGGAUCUCUAUUGAGUAGCUCAGAGAGGCUCCAGCAAUAUGGCAAUGAAAAAAAUAUUCCAUUUAUAUCAGAUCAUUUCCUUGGUAACCUUUAGCAUUGGAGUAAAUGUUUGCUCUGGAUUUACUGCAAAUCGUUUGAAAAGAUCAGAGGAUUGGGAUGAAAUGCCCCCAUCAGUCCUUUCUGAUUCACCGCUGAGUAAUUCUUCAGGAUCCUGUAAAGGAAGAUGCUUUGAACUUGACCAGGCGGAAUACCCAAAUUGUCGCUGUGACAACUUGUGUAAAAGCAACAGCAGCUGCUGUUCUGACUUUGAUGAACUGUGUCUAAGGACAGCCCGGAGCUAUAGCUGCACAAAGGAUAGGUGUGGAGAAAUCCGAAGUGAUGACAGCGCUUGCCACUGCUCUGAUGACUGCUUGGCUAAAGGAGAUUGCUGUCCAAAUUAUCAUGUGGUUUGUAAAGGUGGCACCCACUGGGUGGAUGACGAAUGCGAAGAAAUUAAAUAUGCAGAAUGCCCAUUAGGCUUUGUCCGCCCUCCUCUGAUUAUAUUCUCUGUUGAUGGGUUCCGUGCUUCGUAUAUGAAGGAGGGGAGUAACACGUUGCCCAACAUUGACAAACUAAGAACUUGUGGAACACAUUCUCCAUACAUGAGACCGGUGUACCCAACAAAAACUUUCCCGAAUUUGUACACGCUGGCAACGGGGCUUUAUCCUGAAUCACAUGGAAUUGUUGGGAAUUCCAUGUACGAUCCCAUUUUUGAUGCCAACUUCAGCCUGCGAUCACGUGAGAAAUUCAAUCAUAGAUGGUGGGGAGGACAACCAAUAUGGAUCACUUCGGCAAAGCAAGGGGUGAAGGCAGCUACAUUCUUCUGGCCGGUAGCAAUUAGUCAAGAACGAAGAGUUUUAACAGUGUUGCAGUGGCUGCAUUUGCCUGAACAUGAAAGGCCAUAUGUCUACGCACUUUAUUCUGAGCAACCAGAUCAAGCAGGUCAUAAACACGGACCCAAGAGCCCUGAGUUGGCAAAUUACCUAAAGGACAUUGAUCAGAUAGUGGGCAUGUUAAUGGAUGGCUUGAAACAGAUGAAACUACAUCGAUGUGUCAACGUCCUCUUUGUUGGAGACCAUGGUAUGGAGGAAACUACUUGUGACAGAACAGAAUUUCUGAAUUCAUACAUAAACAUGGAUGAUUUCAUUUUAUUGCCUGGAUCUUUAGGACGUAUGAGAACAAAGAACAAUGCAGCAAAACAGGAUCCCAAGGCAGUUGUUGCAAAUCUUACGUGUAAAAAGCCAGAGCAGCACUUCAAGGCUUAUCUGAAGCAGCAUCUUCCCAAACGCCUCCACUAUGCAAAUAACCGAAGAAUUGAGGACAUUCAUCUGUUGGUGGAAAGGAGAUGGCAUGUUGCUAAGAAGCCAAUGGAUGUCCACAAAAAGGGAGGAAAAUGUGCAUUCCAAGGAGACCACGGAUACGACAAUAAGAUCAACAGCAUGCAGACUGUCUUUGUAGGUUACGGGCCAACAUUCAAGUAUAAAACAAAGGUGCCACCAUUUGAAAACAUUGAAUUGUACAAUGUGAUGUGUGAUCUCCUUGGAUUAAAACCUGCUCCCAACAACGGAACACACGGAAGCUUAAACCAUUUAUUAAAAGUUGCUUCUCAUAAGCCAGCAAUGCCAGAUGAAGUUUCCAAACCUCUGCCAAUAACUAUGGUACCCUCCACUGUAAACGAAGAGCUGGGGUGCUCAUGUGAUGACAAGAAUAAAGCAGAGGAGCUGAAUAAACGUCUUCAUCCCAAAGAAGGUAAGGAAUUGGCAGUAGACGAGCUUAGCAAUGAAAUUAAGGAAUUGCCUUCCAGGACUUCAGCCCAAGAAAUGCACAGUGAAGUUGAGGAUGAGAUUAAAGGGUCCUGGAAAUUAAAAUGGUUAAGUGGCAGCUCAGAAGAGGCAGCCCUAACUGUCUCUUCAAUGGAAAGGACUUCUGUGACAGAGCAAACAGAGUCACUCACAGGCAAAGCUGAUAAAAAUGUCCUGUAUGGAAGACCUGCAGUGCUGUACAAGACGAAAUACAGUGUUUUGUAUCAUACUGACUUUCAAAGUGGCUACAGUGAUGUAUUCCUAAUGCCUCUCUGGACAUCAUACACCGUUUCAAAGCAGGCAGAUUCAUCUGGCAUUCCUGAGCACUUGGCAAACUGUGUCAGACUUGACCCACGCAUUUCUCCUGGAAAUAGUCAGAGCUGUUCAGCAUACAAAACAGAUAAGCAGAUGUCUUAUGGAUUCCUUUUUCCGCCACCACUGAGCUCCUCUGCUGAUGCCAAAUAUGAAGCUUUUCUUAUAACAAACGUAAUUCCAAUAUAUCCUGCAUUUAAAAAGAUAUGGAAUUAUUUCCAACGAACCCUGGUAAAGAGACUUGCGUCAGAAAGAAAUGGAGUCAAUAUUAUUACUGGGCCUAUCUUUGAUUAUGACUAUGAUGGUCUAUAUGACUCACCAGAGAAAGUUAAGACCUACGUUGAUAAAUCCAUACCAGUACCAACACAUUACUACGCUAUCAUAACUAGCUGUAUGGAUUUUAACCAGCCCGCUGACAACUGUGACGGCAGAUUAUCGGUUCUUUCUUUUAUAAUUCCUCACCGCCCUGAUAAUGACGAAAGCUGCAACUCUGCCAGGCACAACACGCAGAUCUCUUCUAAAGUCAGGUCAAAGGGGAUGAACUCUGAAGACGAAUCCAACUGGGUGGAAAAUCUUUUAAAGAUGCACACAGCACGUGUCCGUGACAUUGAACACCUUACUGGCUUGGAUUUCUAUCGGAAAACCAACCGCAGCUACACAGAAAUCCUUUCAUUAAAGACAUAUCUGCAUACGUACGAGGAUGAGUUUUAACUCUGUCAGUGCUCUGUAUGAGUGCUCUCAUGUGGUGUAUAUUUUUAUAUUUGUUUUUUGUUUAUGUUUUUUUUUUUUUUGUAUUUAUUAAUUUUUAAACCAGGACACUUAAAUAUAUUAGUAUUUUAAUCCUGUAUUAGAUAUUAAAUGUCAUUUGUUCUUUAAAGUUUAGGUGCCUUGUGUUUUUUUUUUUGUUAUUUUUUUCUUUGUUUUUUUUUUUUUUAGUAAAACCUGUAUGUCUGCAGCUAGUCUCACUAAGUUUUUUUGGAAGGUGCUGCAGGCUUCACACAUGCAUUAGGAGCCUCCAUUCUAGUGCAUUGAUGAUCUGUUGGUAGUCCUUUAAGUACAGAAAUAUUGACUAUGUAAAAAUUACUUAUUAACUGGAAAUUGUGACCAAACAUAUUUAUGCUGUAUGGAUUAAUGCAAGCUCAUAUAUAAUAAACCACACAAAUUAAUUUUUUUAA